CGAUAGCUACCUAGAUAGUCGAAUAGCAUCCUAUUCAUCGUCUAGUUGAGUUCCGUGACAAUGAGGCUAUAUGAAGCACUCUCAACAGAAUGGCAAGAAUUUCCAGUUUGAACAACGUCUAGUGGCCACCAUUCCUGGCUAUCAGACUCAUCAUUUUUGGAAUAACGCUUCACAAUAUGUAUCAGGCAGACACGUUGGAUGGUGCCCUGUUAGAAUGGGAAUCAUAGUCUGUGGACUCCAGAUCGUAACAACCGUGCUGACGAGCUACACCGUGGACUGCCACCGACAUCAGGCACUGGCAGUUUCGCAAUUUGUCUCACUCGUACGACAGACGCUGUCGUUCACUGUACCUUUCUUCAAUCCUCCGCUGAAUGAUCGAGUGGGUUAUGCAGGGGGGUUCGGGAUCGAAGCAUCCAUUCUUGCGGUUUUCUACAGCCUGAGCUUAAUUAUUUAUUGGAAAGGCGACAGGAUGCGUAUCAAGUAUCCCGUUCGGCGUCUGGAGACGAGCGAUUACUGAAGAGGAAGGAAGAAAGCAGAAUUGAGACGAAGGGCCGGGAUUCUUUAUGCCAGAAACAAGAUUGUUGCAGCACACAUUAGGGUUUGGUUUGAG